CGCAGUUCAAGAGCAGCAAUCGCAGAGUGAAGACGUAAAAUGUUUCUUAUAAUAUUCUCAGUAAUUUCUUUAGUGAUCGCUGGAAUUCUGUUUGGAAUUUCUCAACGAUUUAAAUAUUUCUCAAAGCAAGGUAUUCCAGGACCUAAACCAAAAUUCUUUUUUGGACACACAAAAGAAUCAUUUUUGGGGAAGAAAAAUGUUAUUUAUGAAAUUGAUGAUGUUUACCGCUACUCAAGAGGAAAAUAUCCAUUUGUUGGAUUUUUUACAGCACUUAAACCAUAUUUCUUGGUCAUUGAUCCUGAAAUAUUGAAGAAGGUUUUAAUCACAGAUUUCAAGGUUUUCCGGAACAAUGAUUUCUCCAAAAUGGUCAGCAAAAGAAGAGAUCCAAUUUUAGCACUUAAUCCUUUCUUUAUGGUUGACGACUUAUGGAAUGAAAAACGUGCCGAAAUGACGCCAGCAAUGACUAAAAAUAAACUUAAAUUGAUUUACCCAAUCGCGAUUGAAACAACGAAGAAAUUGAUUGAUCACGUAAAUGAAAAACUUACAAAGCCAUAUGAUAUUAAGGAAUUAUGUUCGAGGUAUACGUGCGAUUUGAUAUCAAGCUGCUUGUUCAAUGUGGAUGCUCAUUGCCUUACAUCUGACAAUCCUGAAAUUUAUGACCACUCAAGAAAAGUUAUGAAUGGAAUUAUUGGCGCGUUUUCAAAGAAAUGUUCAUCGCAAAUGUUCCCACCGGAAUCAGCUGCCUUCUUUAAACGUUUGACUAUUGAGGCAAUUAGACACAGAAAUGAAAUGAGCUUUAAACCUGAUGACUUGUUGGAUCACAUCAUUGCAACACAACAGAAGAAGAGCUUUAGUGAAGAUGACUUGAUGUCACAAGUCUGGACAAUCUUUAUGGACUCAUUCGAGACAUCAGGAUUAGUCUUGCAGUAUACUUUAUAUGAACUAGCCAGAAAUCAAAAAGCACAAGACAAACUUCGAGAGGAAAUUAAUGCAAAUCUUGAUGAUGAAGGCGAGCACAUCACUUUUGAGACGAUUAUGGAACUGGAAUAUUUAGAUCAAGUAUUUCAUGAAGCUUUACGUUUACAUCCACCAAUUGUUUAUACUACCAGAGUAUGUGCUGAAAGCUUUGAAAUUGAUGGUGCUAAAGGACAUAAAUAUCAGAUGAAGAAGGGUGAUGUGGCUAUGAUUCCGAUUUAUUCUAUUCAUCGUGAUCCAGAUCACUUCCCUCAUCCUGAAAGCUUUGAACCUGAAAGAUUUGACGCAUCAAAUGGCGGAGUUAAAGCAUUUACUGAUCGUUGUGUUCUUUUGCCAUUUGGAUCAGGUGGAAGGAUCUGUGUUGGUGUCAAGCUAGCGAAUGUCAUCAUUAAAACAGCUGUGGUUGAGAUUGUCAAGAAUUAUCGCAUUUCUGUUGAUGAAAGUGUUCCUUAUCAUUUGGAAAUUGGAAUUAAAGAAUUUUUGAACGUUGUCACUAGCACAUUGUUGAUUAAUUUCCAAAGAUUGUGAGCAAUUGUUUGAAUCUAAAUUUAUUGGUAGACAUAAAACAAAGAAAGGUCAUUAAGAGAUUGCAAAUUAAUGUUUCUAAGUCUAUUUUUGCUGUUGGAGUGCAGAACAAAUGUAGCUAGUUUUUAAGUGUGAAACAUUUAUCUGCAAAAAAGUGUUCAAACAAGAUUUAAUCAUAUUUUAGAAUAAAAUGCAACUUAUGAAAUAA